AUGGAAUCGAUUAACGAACGGGCGAGCAACCACCUCCAUUUUCUAGGCGACGCCCUGCACGCCCAGUCCGUCCGCCACUUUUUCUUCGUCGACCUCGAGAGUGUGGGAGGGGUGGUGCACCCGGAGCUGUACCGUCUGCUCUACGGGCGCGUGAGUGCCGCCCAUGAGCCACCCGCGGCCAUACUGCUCUUCCGCCGCAGCCACCACCACCGCGGCAACAACAACAACACGAAGGCGACGAUGAAGGAGAAGAAGCCAAAGGCCGAGAUGAACAAAGAGAAAGAGAAAGAGAAGCAAAAGACUGCAACCAAGCGAUUCGAGGAGCGCUGCGGCAACUGCAAGAAGGCCAUCACCACCAACAUCUACUUCGACACCAACAACAGCAAUCAUAGAAAUCACAACAGCGGCGAGACGCCGACCGCGGCCGACCAGCGGCGGAUCUGGGUGCACGCCGCCGCGUCGCCCGCGCACAUGAUCUCCUUUGCUGCGGCGUUCCUGGUCGAGCGAGCGCUGGCGCUCCCGGGCGGCGACAACGUCAACGACCCAAACGCCAACGCGGCGCCGGCGGCGGUCAAUGUCUACCUGGUGUCGAACGACGACGCCGCCACGAAGCAGCUCGCGCGGCAGCUCAAGGCCCGCGAGCGCUUGGCCCAGGCCGUCGCCGACAUCGGCAGAGAGACUGCGAAGGAGGAGCGCAGCGACGACUACAACGACGACGACGGCGACGACGCCGAGCGGGUGCGGUUUCAUCGGCUCCGAGUCGACCGCGCGGGCGUGUGGGCCAAGCCGAGGAGCAUCGAGUGCCUGCGCGAGGCCGGCCUGCUGGCCCACGCCCGGGUGGCCGCCGACAGCGACGGCGUAGAGAAGGCACGGCCCGGGUGGGAGGUGGUCAACCCGUUCGCUUUCUUCGCUCUUCAACCAAAGGAUGUAGCCGAGCGGCGGGCGACGACCGCGACGACGGAGGUGGAGGGAAGGUGGAAGGAGAAGGACAUCGACGCGGUGGUGCGGCGGGCCAAGUACCACCUAUGGGCCGAGCACGAGCGUGGGAUCGUGCUGCCGCGCACCCUGCACGACCUGCGCAAGAAGGUGCGCCAGCUGUGCGUUCUGGAGAAGCGGCUCGACCCGCGCGCGGUGCUGGUGCUGCUCGAGCGGUCGCGCCUUAUCGACGUCUGCCCCAUCUGCCACGACUUUGACUACUCGUUCGAUCGCUACAACGCCGCGCGGAGCGAGUCGAAGAAGAAAAGAGCGAAGCCGACCACCGCUGGCACGACGGGAAAGAACGAAGGCGGCGAAACAACGACAAAGAGCGAAAGCGAAAGCGACGCCGCGCGAGCCCAGAGAAAGAAAAAGAAGAAGAGUGCGAUGGAUCGGCACAGCAAGGAGGAGCGGAUCAAGCGGGUCGCCAAGGCAGUCACGCUGAAGCUGCUCAAGGCCAAGCGCGAGGACCGGCCCAAGGGGCGUCAGGCCCUGCUAGACCACAUCGACGCCGGCCACGCCGCCUACAAGACCCGGCUCGACGCCGAGCUCGUACUGGCCCGGCUCACCGUCUGCGGCUUCGUGUCGACACCGAACCGCGCCACCGGCGCAGAGAGCCGGCAAAGCGGGGCGGCCGCGGCGCUCGGCCGGGAGGACAUCAGCGUCGAGUACGACCUGGGCGCGCUCGGCGAUGACGAGCGGCAGUGGAGCGCUGACGAGGCCGCGGCCCAGCAGGCGCGCAAGGCCGCAGCCGAGGCCGAAGCCGAAGCUUCGUUGAUGGCCGAUGGGCGAUCGGAGCGGAAUGCGGGGGAGCAGGAGGAAGAGGAGGUGGUACCCUACGCCCCGGCCUGGACGUGGGCGGAUGGCGACGAGGCGGCGUCGGAGGACCAGCUGACGGCGCAGCGGCGGCUGAUCGGGCUGGCGGCCGGCCGACGCCCGGGCAAGGGCGACAAGGGCGGCGCAGAGCAGGGCGGCGGCGUGGGCACGUACAUGGCCUACCUGGCCGAGCAGCUGCGGGUGCCGGGGCGCUCGGCCGACUCGAUCGGGGACAUCGACUCGUGUGGGCUCAGCGACGAAGUGCUGCGGGGCUUCUACAGCUACGGCUUCGAGAAGCCGACAGUCCUCCAACGCAAAGGCAUCGCCAACAUCAUGGCCAAGCGGGACACGAUUCUACUCGGGUGUAGCGGUUCGGGCAAGACCGCGGCCUACGUCGUGCCGUUGCUCCAGUCCCUCGAUCGUCACCUCUACUCGCCCCAGGCCAUCGUCCUGGCCCCGACUCGUCCGCUGGCCCAGCAGAUCGAGAAGGUCAUCUCGUCCCUCGGAGAAUACGUCGGCGUGCAAUGGUGUCAUGUGGUGGUGGCGACCGCCGGCAGGCUCUACGACAUGAUAAAGCGGAAGGCGCUGGAACUCAAUCACAUCGUCAAGGAGAUGCCGUCAACGGUGCAGGUGGUCACGGUGGACACGGUGCUGAGCGAGGAGGCCUUCUCGACGCACCUGCGCUUCAUGCGCGACCCGAUGGCCAUCGCCACCGACAGCUCGCACGGCGCCGGCGUGUUUCCGCCGGGCGUGGACCAGUACACGGUCGAGGUCGAGGCCGAGGAGCACAAGCUGGCCACCCUGCUCGACCUGCUGGGCGGCUCGCCGGCCGAGACCCGCAGCGACACGUUGCAGCCGCGCAGCGAGGCCCGCGGCCGCGGGAACUGGGACGAGGCCCGGUGGAGCGAGGCCGGCGAUGCGACAGCGGCGGUGGUAGUGGAGUCGCCCCGAAGCGAGCCGGACGCCGGCGACGGGGGCGUGAGUGCGACCCGGUCGCGGCCGCCGCCGCCGCCGCCGCCGCGGGAGAUCGAAGGUAUGGCGCAGAUGGUGAUCUUCUGCAACUCCAAGCGGAAGGUCGACUGGCUCACCGAUCGGAUGCUGGCCAGCAACUUCCCUGUGCUGGCGAUUCAUGAGGACAUGGACCCGACGUCGGUGCAAACGGGGCUUAGCUCGUUCAGGGCAGGCUCGCACCGCGUCCUCAUCACCACCGACUCGCUCUCCUUCGGUCGGUUCAUGCGCAAGGGCGCCGCCAUCACCCUCCUGGCCGGCCCCGAUGACCGCCGGCUGCUGGAGGCCCUCCAGGCCGCCAUCCCCUUCCACGCCCCGCCUCUUCCCGCCUCUCUUGUUCUCCCGUGA